UCCUCUCCAAUGGUAAUAUAAAUGGACUCCCAAGGGUUGACAUGACAAAGCACACGGUCCACCAAAGGGUCUACAUUGAAACCCUCGGUGUCACCCUCAGACAUACUAUCCAAGCAGCAUACCAAGCUUUUCUUUUCUCUUUCAUCAACUUUUCAUGUUUUAUUUUCUUUUUCCCUUCCGCACUGGAGCAUCAUUCAAAUGCACCUACCCUUCUUGCUCAUAUUUGGUCUGAACUAGUGGUGGACUCGGGCCGGGCCAACCGGCCCGGAACCGGACCGGCCCGCUACUGUGCGGGCCCGGACCGGCCCGGUUUGUCGGUUAGGUCACGGUUCGGGCCACCCGGCCCGGUCAUGUAGCGGUUCGGGCCCGGGCUUAUAAUUUGGUGAACCGGUCCGGGCCUCAACGGUCACAAAAAAAAAAAUUAAAAAUUUGAAGGCUCUACUAGCCG